AACCCCAAAUCACAAUCGCGAAGCAGUCAGCCACCAUUUUAUUUUCGUUUAUUUCUAUUUCUCCGUCUGUAAUUCGAAAACUCUGGCGUAGAAAGUGCGAAACGAAUAAGAACAUUGUGCCGUGGUCAUCCCGCAGGGGUCUUUUGAAACUCUUGUGCUUACGUAAUAUUGGUUAUCUAUCGAAUAUUGACUUCGGCUACAAAAAGGUACAGCGCGAUGCGCGUGGUGUCGCGCUAGGGGAUGCUCUGCGGCGCCAUCUGGUCCGCCGCGCCGGUGUCCCUGCGCGGGCUGGCGCCGCCGCUGCCCGCGCGCACACCCAUCCUCGCGCAGCUCGUCAUGCACGCUCUGCAUGCGCACGAUGACUCCAGCUUCAUAGAGAAUGGUCUUCUCUCGUACGAGAACCCGAACUACCACUUGGAUCCAGCGCGCCUCGAGUCCGCCAUCUAUAGCGACCUCUACGAUAUGCAUGACGACAAGAGCAUGCCUGACGAAUACGACAAUUACCUAGACAAUAGGAGGGUUGAAGACGAAGCGUCGUCGCCGGUUAAUAAAGUAAGUGAAAAGAGCGGCCUAAUCACGCCGCCGCAACAGAAUGGCGGAGGGGAGUCCCCCCCUCCGGAGAAGGAGCGGGCCGACCAGGAGGAUACGGAGAAGAGUCACGCGGGCCCCGUGCCGCACUGCGCGGAGGGGCCCAACGCGGACCUCUACGCUAUACCGGUCAAGCUGCGCCCGAAAAAGGAGGUACUGCCUCCGGGGUGGGAGAAGCAUGAAGACAACGACGGCCCAUACUACUGGCACAUAAAGAGCGGGACGAUCCAGCGCGAGAUCCCCAAGAUGCCGCCGGUCGAGGCGCGCGAGUCGCGCAUCUCCAUGGUGCGGGACUGCUCCAAUCUGUCCGAGCUCAAAUACGACGGACCCAUGACGUCGUCCGUCACCAGGAGUACCACGAGCGGGGCUCUGGACCAAGUCGACCACGACGCCGAGAGGAAACGGAGAGAAGAGGUCGCUUACAAACGUCGCAGUUUCCCCGCCCGUCCCGAGCCGGAUGGGCGCGCCGUCCGGUUCUUUGUUCGGUCUCUGGGCUGGGUGGAGAUCUCCGAGGCAGAUCUCACGCCGGAGCGGUCCAGCCGCGCCGUCAACAAGUGCAUCGUGGACCUCAGCUUGGGCCGCAAUGACUUGCUGGACCAAGUUGGACGUUGGGGCGAUGGCAAAGACCUGUUCAUGGAUUUGGAUGAUGGGGCUCUGAAGCUCAUAGAUCCGGAGAGCCUGAACACACUGCACACCCAGCCCAUACACACCAUACGCGUCUGGGGCGUCGGCAGAGAUAACGGACGCGAGAGGGACUUCGCGUACGUGGCUCGCGACCGCGUGACGCGCAAGCACAUGUGUCACGUGUUCCGGUGCGAGGCGCCGGCGCGCACCAUCGCGAACGCGCUGCGCGACAUCUGCAAGCGCAUCAUGAUCGAGCGCUCGCUGCAGCCGCCACCGCGCCCCACCGACCUGCCCGCCGCCCGCCGACCCAGACCGCUCUCUGGCGCGUCGUUCCCCACGCCGAUGGAGGAGCCGCGCAAGACGGUGCGGGCGCGCUACCUGGGCAGCGCGGAGGUGGGACGCGCGACGGGCAUGGACGUGCUCAACGACGCGCUCGAGCGGCUGGCGGCCGCACGCGCGCCCUGCGCCUGGCGACCGGUUGCUGUGGCUGUUGCGCCGUCCGUCAUCACGGUUACUGAGGAAGGGGAGAGUACGCCACUAGUUGAGUGCCGCGUGCGCUACCUGUCGUUCCUGGGCAUCGGGCGCGACGUGCGGCGCUGCGCGUUCAUCGUGCACACGCCGCACGACCAGUUCAUCGCGCACGCCUUCCACGCCGAGCCAUCCUCCGGCGCGCUAUGCAAGACCAUCGAGGCCGCAUGCAAGCUUCGUUACCAGAAGUGUCUGGACGCGCACGGCGGGUGCGUCGCGCUGGCGUCGAGCGGGUCGGUGUCGAGCGCGGGCUCGGGCGAGCAGCGCGCGUCGCUCGGGCAGGCGCUCAAGUCCUUCGUCGGCUCGCUCACCGGCCGCCGCGCCUCCUGAGCAAUCUGUCCACGUUCGCUUAUAGGCAUACCCCACGGUGCACGAGUGGAGAGUGCCGUAGCGUAGUCACGCAUCGCAGCCGCAACCGCAGCGCUGCCGCACGCCGCACACCGCGCACGCACGCAGCGAUUAGCCUACGGUCCUAAUCUUUAGUUGUAAUCCUUACAUACGUAACGACCAUUUGGAUGCAAGAACUUUUAGAAUUUACACCAGCCUACAUUCAAGUUAUUCAUGGUUUAAAUAUCAUCUUAUCCCUCGAUUCUUUGAAUUAUGAAAGAGAAGGCAAGAUAUUUAAUAUCCCAGAUGGGCAAGUAAAAAAAAUACCCGGGAAAGUUAAAAUAUAAAAUCUACCAAACAACCCCAAGCCAACGUUAAAAUUCGACCAAAGAGGUCGCAACUUAUUACCUUUUUAAAAAUGAGAUUUUUAUUUAUUUUGUUUAGUUGUUGUUAAAGCCAAAAUGCACAAAUGGUCGUUAUUCAAGAUUGAAAUUUAGUUUUACAUGAAUCAUAAAAUAUUUAAGCACAAAUGUGUAUCAAAAAUCCCAUGACAUAGCUGUGUGUAAUAUGAGUUUUGCGAAACUAUAUUGAAUGUAUUCAUGUCGUAUUGUUAUAACCUUAAACUUAAGACAUUACCUAUAUUCUAAAAAAAGUAUGUAUACCUAAAGUAUUAAUAUAGUAAUGACACAAACAAAGUUCCCUGCUAAACCCUGACCAUUAUAUAAUAGCGAAUGACAGUACGAGUAAAAGAAGAUAGGGACAGAGAUGAAUUGGCACAUUUAUCAAUUUUGUUAUGGGGGCCUAUUAUGAGCUCUUAAAUCCAUUCACUUUACGUCCUUAUACUG